GAGAGAGAGAUGCACACAAGCGCGGGUGGGGUGGGUAGCUGGCUGGCUAAGCUUGGCCAUGCCGAACGCCACCACCGCGGCAGCCGCCGGCGUCAUCGUGCCAAGGGCGCAUGGUCUUGCUCAGCGUGUUUCUGUGUCGUCUAUCAUCGCGCGGCCAAGGCUUUUCCCUUGGGGUCCUUCUCGUCUUGCGUCGUGCUCGAAGCCAGGGCUGCUAGCGGUCGUCGCCUCCGCUGCUUCAUUCGAUGAGCUCAACGCUAGGAAGAAGUCGAAUCAUCAGGCGUCGAAGAAAUCCAUUCUCUCAAACUUAAUACAAGAGAUUGAGCCUUUGGAUGUGAGCCUUAUCCAAAAAGACGUCCCUGCUGAUACAGUGGAUGCAAUGAAGAGAACAAUCUCUAGCAUGCUGGGUCUACUACCUUCGGACCGGUUCAAUGUCCUGGUGGAAGCUUUCUGGGAUCCCCUCUUUAAGUUACUUGUUUCUUCAAUGGUGACUGGGUACACAUUGCGCAAUGCUGAGUACAGGCUAUGCCUUGAAAAAACUCUGGGUGUAUGUGAGGAAUUUUCCAAUGAACAAUAUCCAGAAAAUACUGGACUUGAUGCCGAUGGUCAUAAGAUGGUCCCUCAUGGGACUUCAAAAAUGCCUGAGAUUCCAGGAAGAGAUGAAUUUCUACUGAGUUCUAAAGAAAAUGGAGAAGUACUCGAUCCCGAAAGGGUUGGUGUUGAAGGUCUUGGAGAAAUGACACCUGCAACUCAAGAAUAUAUUAUUAACCUACAAAAUCGGAUAUCUUCCAUGGAAAAGGAACUGCAUGAUGUCAAGAGACAAAAUGCUGCACUACAAAUGCAACAUUUUGUUGGGGAAGAAAAGAAUGACUUGUUGGACUACUUGAGAUCACUGCAACCUGAGAAGGUAGCUGAAUUAUCAGAGCCAACUUGCCCUGGGUUACAAGAGACAAUUAAGUCUGUUGCUCACGGCCUCCUUGCCACUCUUUCUCCCAAAAUUCAUACCAAAUCUCCUCCUCAUUCUGAGAAUGCAACAGGUGGAAGUUCUCUUGACAUCGGAAAUGAUGACUGUCCAGAGCUUGUUGAGAACACUUCCCUUCAGUUCCAACCCCUCAUUUCAGUCUCACGGGAUUAUCUUGCGCGCCUUUUAUUCUGGUGUAUGCUAUUGGGUCACUAUCUGAGAGGUUUAGAAUACAAGCUAGAUCUAAUGCAACUGCUCACAAUCUCAGGGGACGCAACGGCAUCUAUACAUCAAGAUGGUGAUUCUGUUUCUUGAUAUAAUCUUAAGGUUUGCUUGUGAAUCUUAAAUUAGUUCGUGGUAUAUGAAAUUUUAGGUUUUGUUGUUUGGACUUGCAUCUUGUUUCAUUAGAUUAAAAUGUAUUUUGGUUGAAGGGAAUAACAUCAAGCAAUGGCUUGAUUUGAACAAUUUAAAGCUUUCUAUUAUACCUCACUAGGGUUGAAAAUCAUCAUAAACUUGUUUCCAGGGCAAUCAAUUGAACCCACUGGUUUGUGAAAUUAGUGUUGAUGGAAUUACUGAGA